GUCCGUUCGUGCCGCAACAUCGUUCGGCGGUUCAUCGUCGUCCCGCACACACACACACUCUUAUUUUUCGUUCUAUGUUAAUGCCUGCCCCGAACAGUCCGACGUGUCCGGUGGUGGGCGCCGAUUAAUAUUCGCCGUACCGUUCAACACUGACGGUCGUCCCUAUCGCCAGUAUCGUUGUUAUUGCGGUGUGCGCUGUUGCGCGGACGUAAUAUCGAAAAAGCAUAAUAUUAUUAGGUAUGUGCCGUCGUCAUGUUCAUCGGCCGUUUUUAUUCUCGCCGCCGGCACACGACGAAUAAUCGAUUUCGCGCAUUCCACUCGUAAAAGUGCUAGCAAUCAUCACAUCAUAGGUACCCUUAAUCGAUAAUAAUAUUAUAAAAAAAAAUUUUAAUUUCAAAAACAUCAUUCCCUUCCGUUUCCCCACCAAUUUGGACGUUAUUAAUUUUAACGCAUAUUUAUUGCCGAGCGUGUGCGCGCGUACUCGGUACUGUUGUACUAUACAAUUAUUAGUUGUUACGUUACAUACCUAUUACCCAGCUACCUACCUACUCGUUAUUAUUAUUACGCACGCACAUAAUAUUUUACAAAUUAGUACAAUAUAAGUGUUAUCGUUAUCAUCGAUUUCGAUAUUACCCAUUAUCGCCGCGACGGGUUCCGCUCACCGUGUUAUCGAUGUAGACCCCGAAACCGUCGCAGAAUAGAUUAAAACGUUCUCCUCACGUACCAUGUACACUGUAGGAACGAAUAACGAUGCGCUGAACGACUAGCACCAUUCGGACGGAACGAUCAUUACACCGCCGUCGUCGUCGUUAUUGUCGAACAACCAGGUGUGAACGUCUUGGGGGCCCGUCGAGUCAUGGACCGGGCUGACGGAUCGGGAAAUUUCACAGGCAACCCGGACAUCUGUUCACAGGUAUGUAAAUUCGAUGACUGUCUGUUGAACGUUUUUCAUUUUGAUAGUCAAAAAACUACGAAAGCAGUCGUGUCGUGUGUUUUAUGAACGCUCGAGGACAACUGCGACAUGAAGUCGUCAUUUACUCGUCAAGAAUGUUCGGUGACAUUUUCCCGUAUAUCUACCCAGUUACCUAGGUAGUAUAGGUUUUCCUUGAACUAUGAAAACGGACAUAAGCAUAAACAUUGUGUGCGUGUAUAUUAUGUAUAUAUGUAUGUAUGUAUGUAUGUAUGUAUGUGUGUGUGUGUGUGUGUGUGUGUGUGUACACAUACGGUUUCCUGGUUGCCUCAGUCAGUGUCUUUACAGAUGUCUGACUUCUCUGUUGUUUGGUUAAAGAAAUAAAAAUUGUUUUGAAUAGAUAUCCAUUAUAUACCCAAGUGGUAUUUUUCAUAGUUUUUUUUUAUUUUCUCAACAUAGCCGGUUACAUGAAAGACUCAGGCUUUUUGGUCCACGAUCGGGUAAUGUACCUACUGAUAUUGUUAUACAGUUAAAUAUUUUCAGUGAUGGGAAAGUUAUUUUUAAAAAUGUACCACCUAGUUCAAUUUCAACAAUUUUAAAUAAGAGUAAAUUAUCUUUGAAAUGAUCCAUAGGUACCUAUAUAAUAUUGUUAUUUAUUUUAAUAACGCUAUUUACCAAAUAUAUAGUGAGUUACAGGGUAGUUAGUAUGUAUACAAAAUUUUACAAUAAGUAUCUAUAUGUAUGAGAAUAAUUAACCUUUUUCCUAUAAGUGCUGAUGUAAACAUUCACUUAUCAGUAAAGUUUUAGAAUGUAUGUAUUUAUUCAAUAAAAUAUUGUUUCUUAUGAAAUUACCACACCACUAAUCACCUAUUUAACUAAUAUGGUUAUAAUUAAUACUUAACUAACAAAUUAUAUUUUCAUAAUGAAAACCAAAAAUUGAAAUAUCUAGAUAAUGUAUAAUGUACAUAAUAUGUGUCUAAUAUUAUUAUGUAAAUAAUUAAUAGAAUAUAACCAUGCUAUGUUUUAAAGUUUGCCAUACUUACCAAAAUUAUUGAACUCACUGUUAAACUUUAUCACAAAGAUAAAACUCCUGAGUUAUGUUGUAUCUUUGUAUCCUAAGAUUUGAAAAAAAAUAAAGCAAAGCCACAAAUUAAUGCCACUAUUAGGUAUUUGCAGAAGUAUAUAUAAACAAUAUUAUUUAAUAUUAUGGUACUUGUUUGUUAUUGCCCCAUCAUAAAGUUGUAUGAAAAAUUAAAUUUAAUACUAUUAAAUGAAUUUUAGUGACUUACAGUUAUUUUCAAAAAUGCUACUGGAAUUUUAUGUUUUACAUAAAUAAAUUUAAUUUAAGUUAGUGAAAUGCGUUACAAUGGUGGUGUCAUAAAAGAAGUUGCCUGGUUUUAGACUACCAAUACACACAAUUGUCCAUUUCAUUUUCAUUGUUUCUAAUUUAUUAAUUAUUUAUUAUAUUGUUUAUUUUACUUAUGGUGGGGUGAUAACAAACAAGUACUUAUAUUAUUUAACAAUAUAUAUUUUAAGAUUUAUCAUGACUAGAUCUAGUCAUUAUAAUUGCAUAAAUCAAACAUCAAAAUUCUCAAUAUUUAGUUACAUCAAAAUAAAAUUAUAUUUGUGACAUACACUUUUCUAUUUUUUUUUUUUUCUUAUAGUUAGGUAUAAUUUUAUCUCAUUAUAAAAAAUCGAACAAUUUUAAUUUUAAAUUUUAAAUUAUCAGAUAAAGAAGAAAUAACUUUUUAUUUAAAAUCAAAUAUAAUAGGUACUGAAACUUUAUUUUUAGAAUUUUAUUUAAUUUUAGAAAAUUGUUUAUUGCUCCAAGAACAAUUAUCAUCAUAUGCUUUUCUUUUAUAAUCACCAGCAAGUUAGUAGUACGGUUUGUUACAUUUUUACAUAUUUUAUUAUGAUUAGUUCAUAGGUUCAUCAUGACAAUUUUUCAGCAAGAGUACCUACCUAUAUUAUGUUGUUUGAUAUAUAUUUUAUUAGUUAAAACAUAGAGGUAAUAAUAUUCAAUUUAAUAAUCCGUAUUUGGCCAUUGAUUCACUUUUUGAUCUAUCAGUAUGAAGUUUAACUGUUUAUUAAAUAUAUAAAAGUUAAUAUUAUUAGUGGUUUUUAAAAUAAAUUAAUUACCUACCAAAUAAAUAUUAUAAGUGGAUUUCAAAGGAUGUAUGAUCUUAUUAUAGAAAUUAUUUAAAAUAUACCUACCUAGAUACCUAUAAUUAAUUUAAAACUAAUUCUAAUACAUUUUUCUUGAGUAUGUUUGACUAAUUCAUGAAAUUUAAGUGUCUUUGGUUUGUGAAUUUAUAUGCCUACUCAUGAAAUGUAUUAAGUUUAUUUUUAUUGUGUUCUAUUUCUACAAUAUGUAAUAUUUAUAUACACAAUAUCUAUUUAUAUGGUAAUUGCAAUCUGUUUGCAUUAACUUAUUUUUAAGGUUCUUGUCAAAUAUAUUAGGUAUGUAUCUAUACCUUGUUUCAUAAGAAAACAUUUUCAUUCGGCAUCCCACCCGGUAGUACUAGUCACAACCAUAGAUAUCUUAAGAAAUGUUAAGAAAUGACAUGUCUAUGAUUGUGACUGGUGCUACCUUAUGGGGAUGUGCACCACCUAACGAAAAUCCUAAUUAAAAACUGGUCACAAAAGUGGUAUGUUCUCUUUUGAAACAGGGUAUAUAUCAAUUUAAAUAAUUUAAAUAGACACUGGCAAUAAAGAUAAGAAAUAUAAAAAAAAAAAAAACAGUUUUAGUUCCUGUUUAGUUGUAUAAAUAAGUAGGUACUAAAACUUUUUUUUUUUUUAUUUAUGUAAAAGUAUUGUUUAAUUAAAUUAAAACUUAUAUUAUAUAUACCAAGAAUUAGUUACGGUUGAUGAUUAUUUAUUUCCAGUAGAUUUUUUUGUUUUUAAUAUGAUGUGAUACUGCCUGUAUGUGGUGUCUGUUUUAAAAAUUUACAACAUAGAAAUAUUUGUGUUUAACGGGGAUAGCUUUGUGUUGUUAGUUUUAAUACUAGUGUGAAUUGACUUAUUAUCAAACUUUAAGAUAAUAAAAUUAUCUGAACAGAUAAUAAUUGUAUCAGUUUUUAAAAUUUUUAAGCAAGUUAUAAGAAUUUGUAAAUAUUGUGAUAUUUCACAUAUUCAUAUUAUUGCUUAAAAUUAAAAUAUCAAGAAGUUUUACAGAUUAUGUUCUUAUCUUCAAGUUAUAAUAUUAGAUAUUAUAAUAGUAGAUAAUAAUUUAAUUCAUUCUAAUAUUAAAACUAACAGUACAAAGUUGUGGUUGUUCCUGCUGAAUGCAAAAUUUCUAUGUUGUAUGUUAGUUAGGGAUAGCACCAUGUGGUUAUCUUAACAUUAAUUAGUACAACUGAAGAUAAUUCAUUGUUAAUUUGCAUUAUAUAAACAGAUUUGUAUUUUUCCAUAUCUAGUAAUUCUUCAUUAAUUUUGUGGUCAAUGAUAUUGUAUUAAUAUAUAGGGUUGUCUUGUGUAUAAUACAGUAAAAUAAUACACAUUGUAUGUAUACACCUUAAUUGUAUACAUUAAAUAUAUAUACACAAAGAUAUGCCUAUUGUGAUAUCUUCAAAGAUAAUAAAGACAAUCAAACUUUUUUUUUUUUUUAUUCUCUGGAAUAAAGACAACAAAUAUUUAUAUUGCAAUUAUUUCCUAGCCCUUAUCUCAGUGAGUAAUAUAAACAAAAACAAAAUUUGAUUAUCACUGGUGGGACACCCUUUAUAAUAAUAUAAAUUAUUUUUUUAAAAAACUAGUUGUUUAUUUAUUAUACUGUAAUUUAUAUCUAUCUAAUUAUAGUUUACUUGGUACAUAUGCUUGCAUUAUUUUUUAUCUGAUAAUAAGAAAAAUACUAUUAAAAAUAAAAUAAAAGAUUGUAUACAUUAUAUAUCUAAAUUGUAUAGUUAUAUUUUCAUUCCUAAUAUAGUAAAAAUUAUAAAUUUAAUAUGUAAGUAAUUAAGUUGCUGUUGUUACCUUGGUACAAAGAUUAAAAGAAAAUUUUCAUACUGUUAAUUACAUUUUUUUAAUUAAUAAGCUUUAAAGAUUAGGUGUAAAAAUCCAAUAUUCUAAUCUAUUCGUGUUCUUAUUUAGCUAAGUGUUUACACAUUUUAAAGGUUUAGUUGGUAUAUUAUUAAUAACUACAUAUGAGUAUCCUCAGAAUGGAUAUCUUCUUUCCUUUCAGUCAUGAACAACAGUAUUGGUGCAAUUUUACAAUUUGUAGAUGCUCAUUAUUUUCAGAUAACUAAAAGAUUUAUUUAUUAAUUUUGACACUUGAUAUCUCAAAAUUACAUUUAGAUUUAAAUUUGUGAUUUAUAAAUAUUUAAUGACAAAAUGGAUUUAGUUUAAAAUGUUUCUUAAAAUCAGAGCUCAUUGACCUUGAUUUUGUAACCUUACUGAAUAAAUUCAAUGAUUUACCAAUAAUAUAUGAGUUAUGUAAUAAGAAGGUUGCUAUUCCUGAAUUAAUAUUAGGUAUGAUAGUAUGAUUGAGUUUAAAGUCACUGCUAUUCAUUCUAUUAAAUUAUUUAUUUUUUUUAUACAAUUUAUCGUUAAAAAUAGUUGAUAAUACUAAAUAGUUUUAUUUACUAAUUGCCUGAUUUUUUUUACAAGUUUUACUUAGCAUUAUAAAUUAUAAUAUAAACAAAUUUUAAUUAACUUUUUAGUAAGAUACAAAUGGUAUACUUCAACAACAUUCUUAUUUAUUUAAUAUUCACUAACAUUUUUUUCAAUUUUAAAAAAUAACAUUAAUCACUCGUAUUUGUUUAUUCAAAAAUAUAAAAUAUUUUUUGAGUGGGUAUCUUUUAUUGUUCAAGGACGUUGUUUACCAUUACUUUAUUAGGCAUUUUACAUAGAUUUCAAUUCAUAUAUCAGUGGUUUUCAACUUUUUUGGGUCCAUGGCUCUUCUGAUUUUGAAAACCAAAUUAGCGGCCCCCUUACGAAUAAUGAUAAUAAUAAAAAUUAAAAUAAACAAAUGUAUUGUAUAUUAUUGUACUAUAUUUACUAUAAACGCAGCUCCUUUGAUAAUUAACUCUGGGAGCCACAGAUUAAAAACUACUGCCAUAUAUCAUAAUGCUCAUAACACAAUUAAAAAAAAAAAAACGUAUUUUAGAUUCUAAGCAGUGAUGAAUGUAUUGGUUUACAAUGAUGUUUAUUAAUAUUUUUUUUAUUUGAAAACUUUUCUACCAGUAAUUUCGUUCUGAUUAACAGUAAUAGCGCGUUUUCUGAAAGGAAACGGAAAACGGAAAAAUAGGUACAAUAUCAAACAAAUAUUAUUUAAGAAAAUAUAAAAAUGCAUAUGUAAUUAUUUUACCGCAAUAUGACAUAUAUAUUGACAAAGCAACAAUAUUAACCGAACUCGCCCUAACUCGUUUUUUGUUGGCGAUGGUUAAUUGUUACAUACAUAAAAUGUCCUCCUACCUUCUUAACUUUUCACUUACAACAAUGACUUCCCCAUUUGCGAAGUAUGUUCGUAUUUUUUGUUUGAAAACUGGCCAUCUCCUUCUCUAUUUUCUUAAAGAUUUUAAAUGAAUUUGGUUUUUAUUCUUUUUUCAAUCAGUGUGGAAUCGAAUAAUUUUUAUUUAGCCUAAUUUUAGUUUAAAACUUAAAGGUUUUUAUUAUUAUUAUUUUUUUCAAAAUGUGUGUUUUCCAGUAUACCGAAUCGUGAUCUAAGAUUACCGAUCGCGUAACUGCUGAUACAAUGUAAAUUAAAUAUACUUGGUUUUCCUUGCGCGAUCGCUGUCGGCUCGAACGACUUGUUUUGAAAACAAAUAAUAUGUUACGACACUCAUGUUUCCCUUUGACGUCGGCCGUUCAAAGAGAAAUAUGAGUUCUGCAAUGUCCAAGUUUAAUAAAGUUCAAGACGAGCUAUUGGUUGAAUGCGUAGCCAAACAUCUGCUAAUUUAUAAUCCCCAUAAUAAAGAUUAUAAAGACUUGAAUAAUAUAAGAGAUGUCAUUUAGAAGGAUAUAGGUAGGUAUGUGAAAAUAUUAGGCGAAGUGGUAAGUAAGCAAGUAUUAUAAAUAGGUAUCGUUUCUAAAAACAUUGUUAUUAAGAAUAUAAAUAUAUUAAUUGCAUACAUAUUUUUUUCGAAUAAUAUAUUGAUAUGAAUGAUUAAUAGUAUCUAUAGUUUUGUGUUCUGUCAAGUAAAUAACCAAUUUUAAAUUUUCUCAUAAAAUUAAUUCGUAGUUUUGUUUUAUGUAGAUCAACAACUCCCGAAUUUAGCACUUCAAAAUAUUGAAUACGACUGAACGUUAAAUGAUGAAAUAUAAAUUAUAUAAAUCUCGAUCUCAACGUAGAACCGUCUAGAAUAAACUAAGAUACCGUUCGAAUAAAAAAACGACAUGAAAUUUUUUUUUUAAUCUAGUUGGUCGUUUUUUGAUUUUUCGUGCAGUUUUUUGAAUAAUUAGCAAAAUCAAAAAAAAAAGACUAACAUACUUCGUACGAUGGAUGCAGCCACUGUUGUUGGUGAGAAGUUGAUAAUAUAGGAUAUACAGAGGGGAAAUUAAUUUGUAUUUGUUAUCAACGAUAAACCAUUGCUAACGAAAAAACGAUUGUGAGAAGUUCAGUUGAUAGUAAAUUAAUAAUAGUAUUUAAUUAAUAAUUAUAUGUUAUUAUAAGUGAUUUGCUUAUUGUACUUGUUUAUUGUAGGUUUAUUAAAUAAAAGUGAUUAUAUUAUGUUAUGGGGAAAUAAAACCGCCAUUAAGUUAUUAUAAUUUGUUUAAGUAGGUUUUUAGAUAUAUAUCAACUAACAAUUUUUAAUCAACUAAAAGAAGCUAAUUUAAUACCCAAAAGAUCAUUUAUGAUUUUAUAAACUACAUACGAUAAUAAUAUUGGUUUUUAAAUAAUAUGUGUAUGAUAGAUAAAAAUUAAUUUGUUUUUAAUCAGUAAGGUAUCAUUUAAUUUUAUAUUUAUAAUUUAAGUAUAAAUAAUAAAAAUGAUGGCUCAAGGGGGAAGGAGAGAAAAAUUAAAAUAUAUCCAAAACAACUUGAGUCUUAUCUUUUAUAUCUACUUAUACUUCCUAUGAUAUUUUGUAUUUUAGAUUUUGAGUGUAGUGAAGAAUGUAUUAAUUUUACAAUGUUUAUUUUUUUCUUUAAAUUGUGACAAAAAUUUCUACCAAAAAUUUGACUUUUUUAUGUAAGUGUAGCACCUUUUCUGAAAGGAACUUUCGCCUAAUGGUACUUUGUGGAGGUCAUAUUUUGAUUUUCCAAGGUGUUUUCAUAAUAUCUGGGAAAACCUAGGAUAAAAUUUAAGAAAAACGGGAAAAUGUAUGAAAAUAAUGCUCUUUGUUUAAAAAUAUUAGUAUGGGCUUUAUAAAUUGAAAUUUGGAUUUAUAACUUAUAUUUGCAUUUUCUAAACAUGGUCAAAUUUUGAAAAUCGUGUUUGAGUUCAAAAUUCUGUGAAACAAUCUAAUUUUUUAAUUUUUUGUUUUGAUCAUAUGCAUACCUAUUGCCUAUUUAAGAUUUAAGAACGAUGGUGAAAUCAAAAUUGAUCGGACUGACUUAGUUUUGAUUAUAUUAAUUUAUAAUUUUGAAACUAUACCUUUUUGAAGUUCUGAUAUUGUGCGGAUAUAUGUGUUAUCUUAAAUAUCUCUUUAUUGUCAAUUUUAUACUGUCUGUAGUAGUCUAGUGGUGGUAGUGUGGUACAUACCUAUUGUCAUCCCAGAGAUUGCAAGUUCAAACGCGAGUUCGGAAUUUUUUUUUACAAAACCAUGUCCGGGUUGAUAAUAUGGAAAAAACAAAUGCAUUUUAUGUGCAUCUGUUGCUCAAAUUAUUUUAAUCGAAAAUACCUCCAUUUGUUGUGAAAACUUUUCUAUCAGAAAUCUUACUCCGAUUUUUAAGUGCACGACAACAUACCUAUUUUGUAACAUUGUGGAUCUAGUUGUUGACAAAGAAAGUCGAAUUUAUAGUUUUUUUUAUUUUAUAUAUUUUCAUAUAAUAUUGUGUAUUAUUUAUAGAUCAAUUAAAAAUAUGAAAUUGUAUAAUAGAAAAAUAUUUUUUCUUCCUACACGAAAAAAUAUGUGUUUGCUGUGUAAUUCAUUGUAUUCAAUAUAUCUUUAUUUUACUAUAAUAUAACACUAUGUAUAAUUAUUAUUGUAUUACUAUAUAUUGUUAAAAAAGCAAUACUAUUAACCGAGUUAACCUUCCCUUCUAUAUCCUACCUUCCCAACGUCCUCUUCUUUUUUUUAUUAUAAUAUGCUCAAUAUACAAUUUUCUUAUUGUUAAGAUAUUUAUUUCUUAUAUUUAAUUAAAAUAUAAAAUACUUUAAAGUAAAUAGUAAUUGUCUACCCUAUUUUUAGUUUUAUAUUUGCAAACAUCUGUUAGAUGAAAUAAAUACAAACCACUAUUUAAUGCUGUAAUUGUUUUUCUUGUUAAAAUUUGUCUUGCAUAACAAAUUUAUGUUAUUAAUGAAUGAGUAGGAGUAUCUACUCUCACAGUUAGAAGGCGUUGGCAAUAGAAGUGGUUUUGUGGGGGCUUUCAUGCAGACCACCACACCUGUCUGUCUGUUGAUAUAUUAUGGUCUUAGGAAAUAUGAAAUUAAUCGUAAAGAAUUUAUAAUUCUUUUUAUUUUAUACUUACGAUUAUAAUUUUCAAAUACAUAUUACCUAUAAAUACUUUAAAUUUAGGUUUAAAUGGUUGAUUGACAAGACAAUAGAUACAGUUAUAGUAGACACAUACACUACCAACAAUUUUAAGACUAAAUAUUAUAUUAUUGGUACAAGUGUCUUAAUUUUGAAUGUUUGGCUCACACUUGUUUGUCAGUUCUAUAAAUCAAAAAUGAAUAGAAAAUGUGAAUUAAAAAUACUAAUAGUUAAUACUUUAAUUGUAGAACUUUUAGCAAAUUUUGUAAGCUAAGGUCAUUAGAAGUAGUUAUUGAAUUAAUAUUAAUUAAUAUUGGUAUAGCUGUAAAUACUAAACAAGUUGGCAGUUUUUUUAAUUUCAUUUUAGAUUGUGAGUGAAGCAAAGAAGCUUAUGGUUUUAAAAAUACUUUUUUUUUUUAUAUGUGCGUAACUUCUACCAGAAGACUUGCUUAGGUUUCUAAGUGUAGCACUUUUUCUGAAAGGAUAUCAGUGUGGGUAGGUACUUUCUUUAAGGAGAUAAUUUUUCGAGUUUCUCAAACGUUUUCUUAUUAAAUUUGAAAAACCAAAAAAACGGGAAAUAUUAGAAAUGUAGGUAUUAGUUAAAAUAUAUUAUGGCCUUCUUUUUUUCUGUGUACAACUUUUCUACCAGUAAUUUUGCUCCGAUUUACAGAGAGCACUUUUUCUAAAAAGAAAUCUGUCUGAGGAGGUACUCUAGGGAUGUCAUUUGUCGAUGUUUCCCAAGAGUUUUCCCAGAAUGUGAAAAACCAGGAAAGAACAUGGGAAAACCAGGAAAAUCGGUACAAUUUUAAACAAAUAUUAUAAAGAAAAUAUAUAAUGCUUAUUUAAUUAUUUUACCAUAAUAUGACAUAUAUAUUGUUGAUAAAGCAACUGAACUCUGUUCAGAAUUGUUGUUUUAUAUAAGCAAUGGUUUAUCACUGUUUACAGUAUACAUUAAAUUAUCUAUAACAGUAGCUGCACUCAUCCUCAUUAUCCUAUGAUGUCUUUUUUUGUCAAUAAUAUUAAUAUUAUUCACUCAUUUUUAUUUUCUAUGUGUAUUAUACAAUGCAACAUAGGAAUUUGAGAUCAAAACUUUUAUACUAAUUUAUUCUAUUAACUUCCACCAACAAUUUAUUGAAAAGAUUACACAUUUAAAAAUUAUAAUUAGUUAUGAAAACUUUAGUCAGACCCAAUAUGAAAAAGUUAAAUAGUUGAUAUGAAAUGGACCAUGUCAAAUUUACUUUUUUUAGAAUCUUCAUCAUAUCACCAGAAUGAUGGAAUAUAUUAAAAAUAAAAUAAAAUAGCUUGUAUUUUUGUUCAAUAAUAUACAAUAACAAUUAUAAGAAACAAAGUCAUAUAUUUACUUUAAAUUGUUCUUAACCCUAGAGCACACGCUUCAUGGUCUAAAAGACCUGGGUUUUUGAAUUGUGUUAUUGUUUCAAAAAUAUGGAAUAUUAACCUAACCCAACCUAGUUUAGAAACCUUCUAAUUAGGUUAUGAACUACAAUUAGAUACAACUCCCAACUAUAUAUGAUUUGAUAUCUGGAAAAUAGAAGAGUUAAAAGUUCAUUACUUAUACAAAAACUGUCUAUAAGACUGAGUGUGUGUUAUACUGUGACAUUUUUAAACAAUUUAAUUUUAUAUAAAUUCAAUUGUGGGUUAUUUUUAAACUAUGUUUCCUAAUAAUUUUUGGCCGAUAAAUGUUUGUCAAUCAUUAUUUUAUUUCCAUUGUGUCUGGUGAGAUUGUUGUUAGUUGACUGUUGAUAUUGCUGUAGAUGAGUACAUGGUUGGUGAUUUCUAUCAUUUAUCAUAAUUUAAUUAAAUUUUUAAUAAUUAAUAAUUUCAAUGCAUGGUCAAAAACACGGUGGAUUCUUGUGAAUAUUUUAAUACCUGUGCUCUAGGGUUAAUAACCAUGAAAUUUAUUAAUUUUAUAAAUAUAUGUAAUGUUUGUAUUUGUUUUUAGGCCAAAGACAGAGCUACUAUCAAAUGGCUUCUAUCAAAGGCGUAUAAUAAUAGGAUUCCAGAAAAUUGUAUAGAGCCAUUUUAUAAAGAUUAUGAUGUAAGUAAAAAAAUACUUAGUUAAUUAUAAUUAUAUUUUACAAAUAUCUUCAAUUUUAAUAGAAUAUUAGAGAACAAAAAUGUGUUUAAAUUUUUUUUUUUUUAAUAUAGAAUCAAGAACAUCUUAAACCAUCUUUGGUACAUUCAUUAGCUAAUGCUGAGCUGUAUUGUUUAGCACUAGGGAAUAUAUAUACUGAUCCAAAUUAUCAUAAUCUUAACCAUUGGGGUGUUAUCCAAGCUCUUAAUAGAAAGGGUGUGAGCAUAAAUGAUCCUUCAGUGACUGAAACAGUAUUAAUUCAAACUACACCUUUAAAACUUGUAAGUUUGUAUGAUAAUAUAAUAUUUAUUAGUUAAAAUGUAAUAUUGUGUCUUAUUACUGAUAAUAAAUUUAUUUAGGUAUUCAUUCUUUAAUAAAAACAAACAUAUUAAGAAGUUAUUUUAAAUUAAAUAUAAUUUAAAUUUAGAAUUAAUUUAAUCAAUUGAACAAAUAAUGUUGUAUUUAUUAGUAAUAUUUUUACUUAUUUAUUCCCCUUUUCCUCUUUACUUAAGUUAAAUGCUAUAUUUUUAGUUUUUUUUUUUUUUCAAUAGAGUGCACACAUGAUGAUUAUGGAAUCUGUAAUGAAAUUAUAUGCCAAGGAAGUAGCAACACCUAACCGUGUAAUGGCUGCUAUCCAAAGACUGAAUAAUGUUCCUCAUAAAACUGCAAUUUCAAUGCCUGAAGAUUAUGAAAAAGCUAUUUUAUUAUGGAUCAAUCGAACUGUGGAAGCAUUAAAACAUCGCUUAUCAAGUUCACAAAUGGUUAGUUUAGUUUUAUACAGUUAGUAAUUAUUAUUUUAAAUUGAUCCCAUUUUAAUAUAUAAACCUAGGAGAAUUUGUCUGUUCCUGACAUUGCUUCUGUGAAUGAUUUCCAUGAAAUAAGUGAUGGAGCAUCAAUUGCAGCUUUAAUUUCAUUUUAUUGCCCUGAUGAAUUACCUUGGGAGUAUAUUACUGUAUCUAAUGCACCAAACUCUUCAGAUUGUAUUAAAAACUUCAGUGUUAUUAAUGAUUUUUGUGAUCGUAGCUUGUCAUAUAGCAUAUUUCACAUGAGACCUCAAGAUGUUUAUUAUAUAAGAGGGUAUUAAUAUUACUAAUAUUAAAUUUAAAAAAACAUUUAAAAAUUCAUACAUUUUGUUAUAGGUCUAUGAAAACAAAUUUAAUUGCCUUUCUUGCUGAUUUAUUCAAUGUUUUGGAAAUUCAUCCAGCUAAAUGUGUCAGUUUCAAUCAGGGUAGAACUGAUUUAGCAGAUGGUAAUUUGAUUAUUUUAGUUUUAACUGUACAAAUUAUUAUUUUGUGGACGUGUAAUAAUUAGAAUAUUACUUUUCAUAAUAAGCUAUGCUUAAGAAUGGCUAAAGUUUGAAUAUUUUAAAUUAAUUGAUCUGUUAAAAUCAUACUUUACACAUAUUAUUAAACACAGCAAGCAAUUUCUAUAUUAAUUAUAUUUUUACUUAAAAUCUAUAUAUAUAUAUAUAUAUAUUUUUUUAUUUAUAUGCUUAUAUAAACUGCUGAGAAAAUAAAAGUAUUAUUUUCGUUGCAUUUGAAAUUAUUUCCAAUAAUUGGUAUUUAUCAAAAAUAUAUGUAAUACAUUAAUAGUAAAUGGUUUUUUGUUUUCCUAUUAAUCAUAGAAAUAUUAGAAGCAUAGUUUAAAAUCAAACUAAAUGGACAAAUUCAUUAAUUUAAUAGAUUUGUUUGUAUGGAACUUUUAAAUGACAUUAAAGGAUAUUCAAGUUAAAUUACAUGUCCACAAUAUAUGUAUUUAAAAAUUAUAUAAUGUAAUAAAGUAUUAGGAUAUUUAUUUUUAAUAUUUAAUUUGUGACUCCAACAAAAUAAAAGAUGUUUUUUUUUUCAUUUAAAAAAUAUUCUCAAUAUAAUUUGUCAAUAAUGAAUUAUUAAGAACAAAAUCAAAUUAAAUGAAAAAGAUCUUGUAUUUCUAGUAGGUAUACUUCUGUCCUAAUAUAAUUUAUAUUUGUAUUCUACAAUUAAUCAUUGCUAAUGAAAAAUGAUUUUAAGUGAAGUUGGGUUUAACACAGUUUAAAUGAUAUGAUUUUUUACAAUUUCCAUAAAAAAUUUAUAAAGAAUAUAUUAUAUCAAAUAUAUGCAAAUUAUGACAAUUUCAUGUUUGUUUCAUAAUUUCAGACAACAAUUUUUCUCUAAAAUUAAAAAAAAACUACAUUAAUACAUUUUUAAUAGAUGCAUUGGCUUAAUUUUUAUUGAUUCUAUGUUAUCUUGGCUAUGCAAUGAGAAAAAUAUAACUAAUAUUAGUAACAGUAAUCUAUUAAGAAUUGUUAUUUGAUUUCAAUGAUACUCAAAGGUUUCUUGAGAACAUCAUAGGUCAAAAAGAAUGCUGGGAAUCAAACAAGUUUAGGAAGCACUGUUCUUAUCAAUCACCAUAAAAAACAAAAUCAAAAAUAACAAACCUUUACUACAUACAUAUUUUUGUUUUGUCUAUUUAUUCCCAAUUAUUAAAAAACUGCAAGGAAAAUCAAAAUAUUAUAUCACCAAUAAUAAAACUUGUUACUUGAAACUACUCUUUAAAUUAAUUUGAGCACGAUUUGCAUUAGCACAUUUUUUAAUAGACUGAAUAAAAAUAAAAUAUGUGUACAUCUUAGUAAAAAUUUCCUCCUUCAUUCAGAAUCUAUAAACAUAAUUUAGUAUUAAUAGGUAUAGGUAGGUAGAUUGUUAAUAUUGAAUGGGGGGGGGGGGGAAAGUAAUGCUAACAUAGUUCCUUUAAUGUGAUUUAAAAUGAAAAACAAAUAAAUCACAUUUUUAUUUUUUAUUUCUAAAAGAAGUAUUUUAUAUUUAAUUCAGCGUGAUUAUAAUUAGAACCCUGAUUUAUGUUAUCAUAUUAUCCAUUAAAAGGUGCUUUAAAACAUAAAAAAACCUGAAAAAAACAAUUUAAAAAGCAAAAAUGAUAGAGAAGUUUAAAAGUCCCCUACAAAUGGUUCUAACUUAUUAAAGUAAAUAAUAUCCUCGCAUUAUAAAAUUGAUUCAUAUAAAAUAAAUUUCUUUUAAAUAAAUUGUAUGUGCUAUAAAAAAAAAUUACUUUUUAUUUUGCGGUGUUAGAAAAUUGUGUUUAUAAAUUAAAUCAGUUAAAGUGGGGACUAUUAAAAUCUCUAUUAUUUUUGUGGGUUUUAUAUAUUUUUAAGUGGAUUUUUUCAAAGCAUUUUGACAGUUUCAAAUGGUUUUUUGUGGAUUUUAAUAACUUAUAAAUCCUGUUUCUAAUUAUAACAUUCACAUUGAACUAAAUGUAUAUUUUAAACUGUGUAUAUAUUUUUAAAGCAAUGUAUUAUUGAAAUACAUAAUUGAUGUUAUAUAAACAAAAAGGUAAUAAUGAUACACACAUACAUAUAUUUAUGUAUCAGUUAUCAAUAUAAUAGGCCUAGGUGAAUAACAUAAAGUCAAUAACAUUAAAAAUUAAUUUUUUAAUUAUGAUGAAGUUUAUCCAAGAAAUAUUCAUGGGGUCGCUCACAAAAGGUUAUUACCACAAGUGAUAUCUUUUAUUCCUGAUCUCCGCAGUAAUCUGGAUUCAUACUCUACAGGGUUUACAGGUAUCUGAAUAUUUCCAGUUGGUUUUUAUUUUAUAUUUUUGUUUGAGUGUGUUUUUUUUUAUAUUGAUGCCUCAAGAAUUUAAUUUUCACUGCCAUAUUAGCUUUGUGUUUUACACCAUUUAAAAAAAAAUGUUUAUUGAAUUUGAUAUCAUAAUUAAACAUUAAAUUAGGAUAUCUUCUUACCUCCUUUUUUCGUUCUAAAUGCUCAUGAGUGUUGAAUGAAUUUACUGUUUGCUAAAACUCAUAAUACACUUCUGGUAAACAGAACCAAAAUUAAAAUCAGUGAUGUAAGUUUCAAGUUUUCACAAAAAAUUGAAAAUAUUAGUGAUGUGUUUAACUGUUGUGAGUUAUUUAUUAAAAAUUAUAUGGACAAUAAUUAUUUUUAAUAAUCACUAUAUUGGCCAAAUAUAUGAUUUUUAAAUACAUAAUAUGGCUACAAUUUAAAAUACACAAAAUUAUAUAAGGGAUAAUAUAAAAACAAACCUUUAAAAUUUGAUUAUUCUUACUUCAAAUUUAGGCUAGACUAAAUUUGUAAGUUUAAUAAUUAUAAUUACUUCCAAAAAUGUUUUUUAAAUUAAAACUAAGCAUGUUAAAACAACACUAUAUUCAAAUAAAAAAGUCUAUAAUCAUAUUACGAAAAAAAGUUGUUUUGAUGCGCAUUGAGCUUUUUCCAUUUAAACUUUAAUCUUGCAUCACUGUUAAAAAUAGAAUUAUGAUUUGUUUUUUCAAUGUCUAAAUUAUAUAAUUAUUUUUCUCAUUUUUGCAUGAUUCAAUGGUGCAAAUAUAAUUAAUUAAUGCUUAGUGUGAAAACAUUUAAUUGGUAAAUGCAAAUAAUAGAAAUGUAAUGUUGUUUAUUUUUUUUUUAAACAAAUAUUUACUAUUUUAUUUUAGUGUAUUUAUAAUAAAAAUAUUUAUUUUUUUUCUACUAGUAAUUUUCAAUUAAUAUAAUUUAAUUAUACAUGAUAAAUAUUUUGUGUUUAAAAAAGAUAAAUAAUAAAUAAGAUCACAAUUUUUUUUAAAAAAAUAUUAGAAUAUACCUAAUAGUUUCACUAGAAAAAUUAAAUGUUUCAUUAAGUUGAUUCUUUUUAAUCUAUUCUUAGUUCUUCUUAAAUCAUUUAUAUAAAUUCAUUAGUUAAGUUAUUUUAUAUUUCUUUAUGAAAAAUAUUAGAAGUAUGAAUAGCCAAUAGCUACUUUAUAGUAAUUAGAAAGUUAUAAUUAUCAUGUAAUUUAUUUUUACUAUAUAUUCUAAUAAUUUAUAUUUUUUGUUUAGUAUUGUUUUCAAUUGUUUAGUAUUGUUUUAGUAUUGUAUUGUUGAAUUAUAAAUUUUGUUUAAUUUCUAUUUUUAUAAUAUGCCAGGUGAAAUAAUAUAUAGCAUUUCCUUUGUAGGUAUUUCACAUAACAAUUCCUCUAAGAAAGUUUCAACUUCAAUAACACCUCAGUUACCACCAGAUGGGAAAAAAAAUAACCGGUAUAAUAACAUAAUACAUUUUAAAAUAUGUUUAAUGAAUUUAUUUUAUAGUGAUCAAUUUUUAGAUGUAAUGGUGAAGAGCAAUUUGUUGUUCAUCGUAAUCGGUCUGUUUUAACACUGAAUUCAAUGUUAAAUACCAGUAAUGGUGAUUUAAAUGUUGAUGUGGCAGCAGGUAAACCUACACACCGUGAAGAUAUGAAAAAACAAUCUUAUGCAGGUCGAAGAUCUAGAAGGAAUUCCUUCUCAGAUGAUUCACAAGUAAAUAUUCAUUGUUAACAUAACAUCAAGUAAUUUUAAUCACCAAAUUAGCAUGAAUAUUAUACUACUAUAUACAAUAUUACACGCUCAAAUUCCAGAAUGUAGUAUAGUUUUACUAUCGGUGUUGACAGAGACAGAAAUAUACCAAUGUGUCAUUAUAUUAAAGAACACUAAUUCUGUUCUUGUUUUUGUUACUCCAAUAAUUGUUACUUACGUGGGUAAUCCAAUAGAAAAUAUUAUUCUAGCAUUUGAUUGAUGAAAUCAUAGUUAUCACACACAAUGUGAAGUAGUAUAAUAUUAAUCAAGAAAAUAGUAUAAAAAAAAUUUGUUUUGAGCAUUAUUUUUAAUAAGUUUAUAAAUUAACUAACUAUGAAAAUCAAUUUAAAUUAGUUGACAGUGGAAAAUUUUGGUGGGUCACAAGAUAAUUUGCAGUUUCUCGGUCGAAAUCCAGAUAAAGAACCUGCAGUACACAUAUUACAAAAGAAUAGUUUAAAUAAAAUCACUAAUCCUUCUCCUUAUCAAGAAAAUAAUAGUUCUGGUGUUCAACAUUUAUUACAAAAUUCAAAUACCAGUCCAAGUAAUUUUAUAUUAAUGAAUUGGCUAUUUAUAUUAUAAUUUUAUUAUAUUAUUUCUUAUUUUAGCAAUGUCAAGAGUUUCUAGUGAUGCUUCUAAUAAUAGUCUUGGUCUUCAAAGAAUGUUGUAUGAUAGUUUUGAUGACAUAGAGUCAUCAGUUCAAUCCCCUGUGCAUACUCUUAAACGUAGUUUAUCAUAUGUUGACACAACACAAUCUGUGUUUCCACCUAGUACCACUACUUGGUAUCAACAAAGUUGUUCAUCUCCUGCACACAGUGAACAAGGUUUAAUAAUUUUAUCAUAAUUUUAUCAUAAUCUUUUUGUUUCUAAUCAAAUAACAUUUUUAAGGAGAUGGUUCUGAAAGUGAUGGUUCAAUUAUGAGUUCUCAGUUGAUGAAUAUUAAAUUAAAACUGGAAGAAAAAAGACGUCAAAUUGAAAAUGAUAAACGUAAAAUGGAAUCUCUUAUGAAUCGCCAAAGAACACAAAUAGGAAAAGCUGCAUUCCUUCAAGCAGUUACUAAAGUAAUUUAUAAACUUUAACAAGAUUUAAUAUUAAAAACAUUAUAAUAUUUGGUUUAUUUUAUUUUUAGACUAAAAAUAGUAAAAAUGCACAAUGCUCAGAUUCAAAUUAUAGUAAUAUUAUGUUCGGUAAUGAAAAUUCACCACCAUCUAACAAAACUGCUCAACCGUGUUUUGCAUUUCAAGUAUUUAUAUUUUUAUAUUUUAUUAUUAUUAUUAGAGUUUUUUAACAUAAUAUAUUAUGUUUAUUAUAGUUUUAUUCCUAUUAAAAUAUAUUGUUAUUUUAUAAUUUAUUUAUACAGAAUAAUGGAAUAGAAAGUAAAUGGUCUGAUCGGAUGAGUCCAUUCACUGAAGACCAAAAGACACCUGAUUUAGAUAAUGUUCACACAGAAUAUAAUGCCAAGUAAAUAAUAUUAAAAGUAAAAUCAAUGUUUAUGACAAUGUAUUAUUUUUCAGAAUGCAUCCAGAUUAUCAAGAUGUUGAUUUCCCAUGUCUAGUUAACCCACAAAGUCCAGUUCAACAUACAAGUUUACAGUCUGAAAUGAUACAAUGUUUUCCAGAUUUGCAAACAUUGCAAAGGGUUUAUCAAAAUUCUCAUUCAAUUCAACCAAAUCAUAACUUUGUUAUACCUAAUGGACAAAAUACAAUAGAUAAUGAUAAUAGUCAAAAGUGGCACAGUUUAAUUAGUAAUAACCAACCAGCAAUGUACAAUCAGCCGGAAAUAUUGCAAUUUAAGAAACAACAAGCUUAUGUCAAUUUAAAAUCUAACAUACCAUCAAACCCUCAGGGUAUAUACCCUUCAGCUGAUAACCAUUAUUUACCUUCACAAGAUCCAUAUGAUAAUGUAAUGCAAUCUAAUCCUGAAACACAGCAGUUUUUUUUACACCCUAGUCAACAAAAAAUUCGAAAAAGUUGGGAUAUUACUCCAUCACCAUAUGUACAAGAAUCUCAAAACAUUUGGAAUGGCGGGUAAUUAUUUCAUAAUCUGAUAUAAACGUGUCAUUUAGAAAUAUGAAUUAUAGUUUUAAUUAAUUAUCAACUACUUUUACAGCCGAACAAUACAAAAAUCUUCUCAACCUUCCUCACUAAGUGGUUCACCGCGUCAGAAAUCUGAAUUUGCUAUGUUAAAUAGAUCUGGGAUUAAGACAAAUCCAUCAUCACCAGUACCUCCUCCCCGCCGUAAUUCCAAUCAUGUUGUAAGCCAUUCACAUAUGACAACCCCAAGUAUUGAUGAUAUGCAGCCACAAAGUAUUUCAUUCAUUGGUAUGCAUAUGUAUAUACUAUAAAUUAAUAUGCAUUAGCUAAUUAUUAAUUGUUGUUAACAUUUACAUAUCAUUUUAGGUGAUGAUGUAAAGAAAUCUAAUAUUGACCUUUCUGAAAGCUUAAAUAGAAUUCAAAUAACAUCUGGACAUCGAACAUAUAGGAUACCAUCACCUACACAAACUCAUAUUCCAAUCAAUCGAAAUUCCUUCAAUGAUAACAAUUCCACAUCUAACACCAGUCAAGAUACAAUCGUAAACACAUCUGAUAAAGGUUUUUAUGUUUCAUUUGAAGAUGAAGAAACUCCUAAACGACCAAAACCACCAUUGAGAACAAAAAAGAUUGUAUCAAAGGCAAGUAGUUAUUUUGGAUAUUUCUCUAAAUAUAAUAUGAUGAAUUUAAUAAAUUACAUAAAAUUAAUUUAAUUAACAGGACAGAAAUUUAACACAAGUAUUAAACAAUUCUGUAUCAUUAAAUAACUUGGAUAUAUCAUCUAGAAAUUUUAAUUCUUCUAUUAAUAAUGGAAAGUCAUCUAAAGAUUUUUCUACUCCAGUCAAAUCUGCAUCAGAAUCUGCAGUAUUGCAAAGCUCAAAUAAUAAAACAAAACUCUCUAAAACAUCUACACCUAGUGGAGUAGAACUUAUUAUUGAAAACUCAAAUCCAGAUCCAGUAAGAAAUAAAUUGAAAUGUUAAUUAUCAUUUUAUAUUAUUUUACAAGUUAUAAUUUGUAUAUUUAGGUGGCUAUUGAUGAGAUGGAAAAAAAGAAAGAACGAAUACUUUUAUUGUCUUUACAACGAAGACAGCAACAAGAAGAAUUAAAAACUAAAAAGGAAAUUGAGUUCCAACAGAGAAAAGAAAAAGAACAGUUAAAAGAUGAAAUAAAGCAACGAAAAAAAGAAGAGGAAAAAAGACGUAGAGCAGUGAUUUUAGAACAAUAUAGAAUAAAGAAGGCUAUUGAAGAAGCUGAAAGAGAAGUACAUACCAAGAAAAUAAUUUUAUAAUAUCUUAGUUUAUUAAUGUAUAUUUUUAGGGGAAAACUGUAGAUAAAGAUCUUUUAAAUUCUUUAAAACCUAAUCAAAAUCAAACGGUGGGUGGUCCACCAAGACUUCGAAGUAAAAUGCAGAAUGGACGUCCACGACCUAAAACUAUACAUAUUGAUAGAAGCGAUACACCAGAUGCAACCUUAACACCCUCUCGGGGCAAAAAGGGUUCUAUCUCAAAUCUUGCAAGUGCGUAUUUUUAUUGUAAAAAUUACCAAUUCAUUAUAACACUUUUUUUAUUCAUCACGCUUGAAGUUGUUUGAUGUCUUUAAUGAUUUAAUGUUUUUGUAUGGUACACUAUUGAAUCGUAUUUAUUUUUUGUGUUGUGCACGUAGCAUUGAACUCACAAAUAAGACGUGAUUAUUAUCGUGGGUCACAAGAAAGCGUAGCCGAAACGCGGCGAACAUCGACUUCUUCUCUUUACUCAGGUAAGUGUAUUAAAGUUUAGAUCAUUGGCAUAGGCACUAUGUAAAUGGAUGCCCAGCACUUGAGCACCUAUUGUAAUAUUUUUAAGGGGGCAAAGCGCCAUUAGGUAUAAUACCAGAUGAUUUAGAAUAUAGGUAAAACAAAUAAUAAAAAAUUGGCACUCUCAAUUAAAUCAUUCAAUAAAAUAUUAAAUAUUUAAAAUAACAUUUACGUUAAUUCAGUUUUAAAAGAAUUACAUAAAUACAAUGAAAUAAAGAAAAAUAAUUUUAAUAUUUUAAAAAUAAUCUCCUAUUAAAAUAAAUUAUUCUAUGUAAACCAAUUUGUAUACAUUUUUUCUCUGUAUUUUUUCAUUUGGUUUUUAUAUUUACUUAUCAUAAUACUCAAGGCAGCAUUCAUUCAUUCAUUUAUUUUUUAUUUCUAUAUUUAUUUACUAUACUUUUUUUUUAUAAUUUGUAUUAUUUUAAUACGUAUUUUUUUUUAUAAUUUAUGCAUUUUUAGACUAAACAAUUUUUUUGUUUUUAAUUUUUAAUAUAUACAAUUUAAAUGAUAAUGACUAUUAACAGUCAAUUUUUUAAAAGUAAAACUUUUUCAAAGUAUAAACUUUGAUUUAAAGAAAAUAUAUCAGUAACUUUAUAAAUUGGUAAUUGGCAAGUAUAUAUAUACUGUUUUGUUUUAGUACAUAGUUAUCAGUACUAAUUUCAAACCACAGUGAACAAUGUGUAGAUAGCUAUAUUUAUUUGUAUGUUAAACAUACAUAUUUUUCAUGGUGGAAAGGUGUUUAAGUUCAUGACAUUUAGGGCACCCUAAGGUACAUUUUUCAAAACCUAUGAUUAUUGGGAUUUCAUAUUUCAACAUUUGAUUAAUAAUUAUUCAGAUUGUGUUUGAAAUCCCCUAUUACUUUUUCUCCAAAAUUUUAUUUUUAACUUUUAGAUGUUACAGAUGAAGCAAAACUAAGAAACCCAAGGAAUUUGGACCGCCAUGGUUCUUAUAAAAACUCAAGAGGUUAGUGUAUAACAUUAAAUUAUGCUUAUUGUGUCUAGACAAUUUUAUUUUUAUUUAGUUGACUAGGUUUGCUUGCUGAUUGUAUAUUUUAUUUUGUAAAUUGUGUAUUUUAUAUAACUAUAUAAUUAUUACAAUAUUUGUGUGGUAUUAUGCUUCUUAAAGCCUAUAUUAUCAUAUAUUGUGGUGUGAUUUAUAUAGGUCAACUUAUAACAAUAUUAUAAUAGUAUUUGUAUACAUAAAUAUAUAGAGUAGGUACCUACGUAUUCGUUAUACUAAAAAAAAAUAAUAUUUUUAGGAGACUUAUCAUUUCAUACUUUUAGAUUAAAAAAAAAUUAAAAUAAUAAAAAAUUAUUUAAUUUUUUCAAAAUGGCAAAUUGAUACAUCACUAAAUAAUUUUUUAAUUUUUGUGGAUAAUAUGCCUUUAUCAUAAAUUUAGAAGUAUUACUUAAUAUACAAAAUAUUGGUAGCAUGUUUGGAAAAAAUUUUUACAGAUUCCUCUUUGGACAGAACAAAACGUAAAACAAAUUUUGGAUACUUGAAUAGCGCACCUCGUAAAUCCAGUUCUCUCAUGAAUUUGUAUGGUAAGCUGAAUUAUUAAAAGAAAGUGGUGAAGGUCUAUCCCGCAUGAUAAAUAAAUAAAAAAAAUUGGUGUGGUAUUUUUUUCUUAUUUUAAUUACAAGAAUUUAAAUACAUAUGAAAUAUUUACAAACUAAAUUCCUAUUAUUUUUGAAAUUUAUAGUUAUGUAAUUGAUUUUAUAUUUGUCAUAUCCCAUUUAUUUACAUAAAACAAUAUAAUGUUAAUAUGAGUAUUCUUACAUAAGAAUACAUUUAUAUUAUAAGAUUUUAAUAUUGUAUACUUAUAAACAUAAUAAGCCGGUUAAUUGAAUUUUAGACCAAGUGGUUUGGAAAUCUUAACAUUAUACACCUUAUAAUAUGUUUCCAAUAUUAAUUAUGGUGUAGAUUAUGAAAUCUCACAUUUUUAAACAGGUGAUAUCAUUAAUAAGUAGUAUACAUAAUGUGUAGAUAUAAUUAACACUCAAAGCCCAUAUAAUGGCUUUUUAAUUGCCUUUUCAAUGAGAGUGUAGGUAUACGAUAAACUUCUUUUACAAUCAAAUAACAUAGUGAAUAUGUGAUUUCUUUCAACUAUACAAUUAUAAGUUACUGCUAAGGAAGGAAAUUUUAUCACAAUGCCUGGGUAUAGUACAAAAGUGUUUGGACAAAGUGUACUUUGUCCAGAUUAAUGUGGGCAAAGUUAAUUAAAUACAGUGCACACUUAUGUGUAUCUAAUGGUUUUCAUUACUAAACAACUACCCACAUAUUUUUGUUUUUUUAAUACCAUAAUAUACAAGAUACUAAUCUGAUUUUUGGAACAAAUAAAAUUAAGUAAACCAUAUAGUUUAGUGGUUUUUUAAUGCUUGUAAUUUAUAAAAGUAAUAUUAUUUUUUAUACUAAUUGCAUAUUUCAUAAUCUAAUCAUAAACUGACCACUAGCCCCCAAUAUUUUUAUCAUACACAAUUUAUGUCUAGUUGUUGUUAUUAAUAUAGCCUUUAUACUAACACAAUGAACAAUAAUAUUAUAAUUAGUAUUCCUACUACAUCUAAGGAAAGUAUUUUUUUUUCUUUUAGUUUGAUCAUAGCUUUUAAUCUUAAGUUUUUUUUUGUUUAUUAUAAUAGGAGAAUCUUUAAUAUUUUUAUUGAUUUAUCUAAUUUGUUCAAUUAUAUUUGAGUACUGUAAAAAAUACCCAUACAAUGUAAAUCUUUUUCAAAACAUUAGACAUUUGAUACAAUGUCCAAUUUCCUAUUUUAACUUUAACAUAUAUAACAUAUAUAUAUAUAUAUAUAUACAUUAGUACAUUUAUAUUUUUAUCAAUUGUGAAGUAGAAAAUUUUUUAGAAUUGCACUUUACAACAUGCAUUACCAUGGGUAUUACUGUUGUUAUCACCAUCAUGUGUUGUGUAUUUGUGUCUUAUAUUGAUUUUGUAGGAUCAUUAUUGAUGGUUGAUUUUACCAAUUUUUUUUAGGAGGCUCCAGUUGUGAUCAAGAUAGUUUGUUAUACCGGUGUGGUGAUACAGACUCUGGUCUAGGACGGGCCACUCCACCCAGAAGAACCGCCUCACCAUCUGGUCCUGGUUCGUUACCAAUCCGUCGCAAAUUUGAAGAUGGGGCAAGUGAAAGUGGUGGUAGUGACUAUAGUGGUCCUAGGUGAGUGUCAAACACUGGCUACUAUAUGGUCUGGUUUGUGGAUUAUGUUAAAAAUAUGUAAGGGAAUUAAUGGCAAUUAGAAUGGUUUCAUAGACAAAAAAUCCUGUUAUAUUUGUUCACAAUGUUCUUUUUAUACAUUUCAUAUUUGUUCACUAUAGACUAUACAAACAACCAGCGACCAAAUCUAACCGUGGUAUCAUAUUGAAUGCUGUUGAAUACUGUGUGUUUCCGGGUGUGGUGAAUCGAGAAGCCAAGAAACGAGUUCUGGAUGAAAUCAAUAGGUCUGAAGCUAGGCACUUCCUGGUGCUCUUUCGAGAUACAGGAUGUCAAUUUCGAGCCUUGUAUUUAUACUAUCCGGAGACCGAAGAGGUGGCUAAACUAUAUGGUACUGGCCCACGGAUAGUUACUGAUCGCAUGUUUGACAAGUUUUUUAAGUGAGUUUAACUAAUGAACUAAGUUGUUACAUAAUACAGUAGAAAUCAUUACUGAUUGCAAUGAGCUAGGUCCUGGCAAGAAAUGAUAAGAUCUGCUCAUUAUAUUUUGUUGAUAAAUAUUAAAGCUUUAUAUACAUUUUAUCUUUAAUUAUAUUGCUUUUAUUAUUUUUGUGUUAUACAUAAAUGUAAUUUCUAUGAGUUCUGAUAGUUCAAGUUUUUAAUAAUCAUGUAUUUCGCUAAUUGUGUGUCAGAGUUAUGUUAUGUCGUAACCUAACCUAUUUCUACUGUAUUUAUUGUAAUAUGAUCUAUAAAGCACUAGUUUCAAUAUAAUAAUGAUGAUAAAUACUCUAAUGGUCUAUAUACUGACAGAUAAAAAAAAAAAACAAUUUUAUUUCUAUAGUAUUCUAUGAAAUACAAAAACUUAAAGUAUUAUCAAAAUUACAAAUAUUUUGUUAUAGAUAAAAAAAAAAACUUAACAUAAAUUUAAAAAGUAAAAAGUAACUUUUUUUGAUUAAGUUAAACAUUUUUGAAUACCCAAAUAAACAUAAAAAGUAUUUUUAUACAAUAGUUUGCAAUUUUUUGAACAUUUCAAAAAUCAAUUUUGGUCAUUGUGCACUGGUUGCAUCUACUGUUAUAAGAAAUUUAAUUUAUACCUGUAAGCAACGGUAAACCAUUGCUAAUGGAAAAGUGAUUCUACAGAGUAGUCCAAAAGACAGUUUCCGUGGGUCAAAAGUUAAUUUCUAUAUUAUUUCGAUUCAAAACCAAUAUGUUUAUUUAAAGAAAACUUCAUGGAUUUGUACUGAUAACAGUGGGUCACAAAUCCACCUUUUAAUUUAAAAUUCGAAAAUUAAAAAAUAACAAGUUUUUGUAUUUAUAUAUAAAUUAUAAGUAAAAGCAAUAACAACAAGUGAUAACAAACAAUGAUAUCUAGUUUAGAUGCGGCUUCCAUGAAAAUCAUUGGUUGUAGCCUCUCCCCUCAGGCUAAAAGUUAACAUGUGUUGCUAGGUCACAGAUUUUUCUGUUUUUCCUACCUUUCCCAGUUUUCACAUUUAUUGGGAAAAUCAAAAAAUGACCCUCUAAAUUAUUUUCUUAGUCAAAUAUCCUUUUAGAAAAAUUACUAUCAUUAUAAAUUGGAGCAAAAUUGCUGGUAGAAAAAUUAUGCAUAGAAAAAAAAAAAGAAUAAUAAACAUCUUUGUAAAACCAUAUGCUUCUUCGCAGAAUCUAAAAUUAUAUUGCUAUCUUAUAUAGAAGAAAAAGCAAAUGCUUUAAAAUUGGAGUUCUAAUGAUCUACAACAGCGGUUCUUAAACUGGUAAUAUGGCCACAUGGUAACAGUACAGAAAAUAAUAUUAAUAAUUAAUUAAUUAGUUAAUAAAUUAAUAUUCAUACAAAUAUUUUGAAAGGAUCUUCUACUAUAUUUUAUAUUAAUAUUAUAUUGAAGUAUUUUGCUGUUUUAUUACCCUAAUGGUUUGAAAUAAAUGUAAAACAUGAAUUGUUUAAUUUUUAGUUUUAUGUGGUAUGUGACAGAUCAAUAAUACAUAUAAGUGGCACAGGAAAGCCAAAAGUUUGAGAACCUUCGAUCUGCACCUUACUCAAAAUAGCAUAUAUUUUUCAUUAUUGUGGGACAUAUCUGUCACUUAUAUACUUUAUCAUAUUUAAAAUUAUGAAAUAUUAAUCUUCAUAAUACAGAAUUUUAUUAAAUUUGUUCUAUAUAUAUGCAAGCAACUAAUUCAAGCUAAAUAUCUGAACAGGAAAAAUAGUUUUAUUUUUUAAUGAAUAGAAGAUUGCAAAAAUUGGUUAUUGUCAAAAGAUGAUUAGUUAUUGAAUUACUAGUGUAUCACUUAUCUGUUACUCAUUUAAUAUUACCCAUAGGUUGAGCUUUUAUAAUGGCAUUUUACAUUAUCUAGGUACUGAAGUUCUGUGUGAACAGAGAUAACAUUCCAUUUAUAACUAAAUGUUUUAUGUUACAAUUAUAGGUACAAUUCAGGCAGCAAAUGUUUCUCAGAAAUACACACCAAACAUCUAACAGUCACCAUUGAUGCGUUUACCAUACAUAACAGUUUAUGGCAAGGUAAAAAAGUGAAUUAUCCCAAUAAAAAAGACAUGACACUAGUCGUUUGAGAAAUCAAUGCAAUAAUAAUUCUUGCUUAAGUUAUUGUUAGAAAAGGAAUACUGUGUUGGUUUUUUUUUAACAAAUUUUUGUUUAACAAUUUAACUCUUUCUGCUGUUUAGAAGUCUUUUUGUAGCAAAUAAUAACUACUAUAAUACUAUAUUUUUAAUCUUCCCAGUUGAAAUAAUAUUGUUUUGUUUAAAAUAUUAUGCUGUAAACGUUUACUACCUUAUUUGUAUUAAUUGUCUUUAUAAAGAAUUUUUUUUUUUUAUCAUUUAUGUGAUUUAUUAAAUUUAUUAUUAAGAAUAUUAUCUAACAUUUGGAUAUUUUUUACUCAAACCACAUGUUGCAUUGUUUUGUUUACUUAUAUACAUAUAGAUAUAAUUUAUAUAUGUAUAUAUAUAUAUAUAUAUAUAUAUAUAUAUAUAUAUAUAUGUUUGUAUAUGUGUGCCCGUUGCAAUAGUAUAUUCGUGUUUAAAUUAAGAGCCUCUAAAAAAUUUGAAUACAAUUUUUUUAUUUAUAUGUAUUUAUUGGUAACUAAAGUCAUCCAUAAUUAUAAUUAUAUUUGUCAUACAGUUUAUUAUGUCAUUAUUAUUAGUAUUUGGUAAGCAAUUGUUUUUAUUAAUACAAAUUUUUUUAGACGAACAAACAAAUUUUGAUAAUUUUCAUCAAAAUCAUGUUAAAUAACAUUUACAUAUAUCUACUUACAUUUUUAUUGUUAGACAAUUUGUUUUUUAUGCAUAUCGUUGCUUUGUAAACAUAUUAUAACUUAUAAAGUAAACAAAAAACAAAAAUGAUCAUAUUCACAAAACUAUCCACAAUUCAAUUGUUUUUUUUAAGACUUGCGAUUUAUACAAAUAAUAAAUAUAAAUAUAAUAUUUUUAUUUUAUAAAAGUUAAUUGCAAUUUUUCUUUUAUACAAGAAAGUGUGAGUAUAUGUUCUUGUGAGAGAAAUGUGGGAAAAUUUAAUAACAGUCUAUAAUUGUUAAUCAAAAUUAAUAAAAAUAAUAAUAACAAGUAAUCAACAAAUUAAAACCACUAUUUAUUUAUUACAUAAAAUACAUAAACCUAAUAAUUCAAAUAAAAAAAAAAUUUGACAUCUUCAACUAUUAAUAACCAAUUUAAUUAAUCUAUUUAUUUAGUAUACAUUUAUAUUUUUUUGUAUUCAUUUUAAGAUUAUACUGAUAAGAUCUGUUUGUUAACAAUUGUGCCAAUUUGUAAGCAUUACCUAGUAUUUUUAUUGUUUUUCAUCAUAAAAUAUUUUAUUAUUAUUCUCCUCAGUUAUUCCUAUACAAUUAUUGCUAUUUCUUCUAUAUUAUUUAAUUUUUUGGUGUUAAGACAUAAUUUAAUACAUUCUACACAUUUUUUCAUCAAAUAAUAAAUGUCAUUCUGUGAUUUGGAGCAACACUGUAUGUUAAAGUGGAUUUAUAUUGCCUAAUAUUUUUUUAUUAAAUUUUUUUUUUUUUUUUUUUUUAAACUUAUUAAAUAUAUAAAUGUGUAUUUAUUAAUUUUUAGAACAUAGUAUUAGAAAAUUCUUGACAGAAAUUCCAACUGAAAAGAUUAUUGUAUGUUUAUAUAUUGUUAACAACAGGUACAUUUAUAAAAUGUAUAAUAAUACUAAUAGUUAUUAUUAUAAUAUAUUUGAUUAUGUUCACUAAAAACCAAUUAAUAACAGUGUUACACUCAAUAAGUAUAAAAUACUAUAUUGUAUUAUUGUCUUGUUAACUUAUGAUUAAAAUGUGAUAAUAUACUAAGCUUUUUUUUCUUUCUUUAUUUUUGUAUACAGUUUAUUUCUAUUUAGAACAAAAACCUCAAUAUGAUCAGUGAAUAACAGGUCAAAAUUUAAUAUCUGC